AUGGAGGUGGAAGGUCGAGAUACAACAGUAAACAUAACGGUGAAGUUCAGUGGAAGAUCAAUACCAAUUUCUGUCUCUUUAGACUCCAAAAUCAAAGACCUGAAAUCCCUCCUUCAACCUCUCACCAACGUUCUUCCUCGUGGCCAAAAACUCAUCUUUAAGGGGAAGUUGUUGGUGGAUGUUAUGUCUUUGAGGGAAUCAGAGGUCACGAAUGGGGCGAAGCUCAUGCUUAUGGCCUCUCAGGGCUUGCACCAAGGGGAUGGUCCAAUUCUAAAAGAUGCCAAGACUCGACCUAUUUCAAGGGCUAAUGCUGGCAGUAACAAAACGGUGAACGAAAAGUUUGGAGCUUUGCUUGAUAAGAACAGGUUAGAACGGUGGAAGGUUACUGGAGUUAUUGGAUUGGCUGAAUGCCACUUAAAGGCAAUACCUGAUGAAGUGUGGACCUGUGGACCUUCUACAAGAGUUCUUGAUAUCAGCAACAACUCCAUUCAAGACGUACCAGCCCAAAUUGGUUGUUUAAGUUCCAUGCAGAAAUUUUUGCUCAAUGGAAAUGGUAUACUGGAUGAAUAUAUUAACUGGAAAGGACUAACAUCUUUGAAGCAUCUAACAGUUUUGUCUGUCAGCCAUAACCAUUUAACCAUUUUACCUUCUGAAUUGGGUGCUCUGUGUUCACUGAGACAACUGCAUGUUUCAAACAAUAAGUUGAAUAGCCUACCAACGGAAAUUGGACUUCUCAUCAAUCUUGAGGUUUUGAAAGCCAACAAUAACAGGAUAAGCAACAUUCCUGUGUGUAUAGGGGACUGUACUUCUCUUGCUGAGGUUGAUCUUUCAUCAAAUCUUCUGACACAGUUGCCUGAUACAUUUGGUCAUUUGCUUAAUUUGAAGGCUUUGCAUCUAAGCAACAAUGGUUUAAAAUCCCUCCCUUCUACAAUAUUCAAGAUGUGCCUGCAACUUUCAACUUUAGAUCUCCAUAACACAGAAAUCACAAUGGAUGUUCUUCGUCAGCUUGAAGGAUGGCAAGAUUUUGAUGACCGCCGUCGUUCAAAACAUCAGAAGCAACUGGAUUUUCGAGUUGUGGGCUCUGCUGAAUUUGAUGAAGGUGCUGAUAAACUUUGA